UUUCGCUUUAGCUCCAACGACCCCUAAUUAUUACCUAUUAGGUAUUAUUCUAGUCGUGUGGUUCCGUUACACGGGUGACUAACUACCUCCUACCUACCUCCUAGAGGUAUUCUAAUAUUUAAAUAAAUAUUCAAGUCAAGUCCCAUCCGGUCUCUCUUUCUAUUACAGAACAUUUCUUAGAACCUUAUACCUUAUCACUUAUACCUUAUACCCUAUACUUAAUUUAUCACGAUACCCACACAUCAAGACAAGACAAGACAAGACCGUCUCACCGACAAGACAAUCUUUUACCAUUGACCUCUAUUCUGCUAUUAUACAUUAUACAGUUUUAAUAACACACACUCCGCCUCCGAGUUAACACUUCCUCCCCCGCCGUUCCCUAUGAGCGAAACUACAGUCGUCGUAGAAACGCUCGCAGAGCGACGAGCUAGACACCACGAGGCCGAUGUCGUAAUAGUCGGUGCCGGCGUCUUCGGGUGCGCCGCUGCAUAUGCUCUAGCCGAGCAGGGCAGGAGUGUUAUCCUCCUCGAGAGAUGGUUGAAAGAGCCCAACCGAAUCGUCGGCGAGUUGAUGCAGCCAGGCGGUGUAAACUCUCUCCGGAAGCUGGGCUUAGGUCACACCAUCGACGACAUCGACGGCCAGCCGUGCCACGGCUUCAACGUCUUCUUCUACGGCAAAGACGUCCGCAUGCCCUACCCGAGGAUACAAGGUCUGCUCGGUCUAGGCGGAGACGAGAAGGCAAACGGGAACGGUAACGCAAAGGUGAAGAGCGACGAGCCGCCGCGGCCCCAGGGACGAAGCUUUCACCACGGCCGCUUCAUCUCACAGUUACGCAAGGCCUGUCUCAGCCACCCCAACAUCAGCGUAUUCGAGACAGAAGCCGUAGACACCGUCAAGGGCGACCACAACCCAGAAAUCCUGGGCGUCGAGACGCGAACCGUCAAUGCCACCACCGGCGAGAAAGAGCCCGACUACUUCUUCGGACAAUUAACUAUCAUCGCCGACGGCUACGCCUCUCGCUUCCGCAAGCAAUACAUCAACGAAACUCCGAUAGUCCGCAGCAAGUUCUACGCCCUCGAACUCAUCGACUGCCAACUCCCCAGCCCCGGCUACGGCCACGUCAUCAUCGGCGCCCCUAGUCCAGUCCUCAUCUACCAGAUCGGCACCCACGAGACCCGCAUCCUAGUCGACGUCCCCGAGAAACUCCCCGACGCAGCCCCGGCCAACGGCGGCGUCCGCGGAUACAUGUCCAAGGUCGUCCUGCCCGCCCUCCCCGCCUCCGUCCAACCCUCCUUCCAAGCCGCCCUCGACCGCGACUCCAAGAUCCCGCAGAGCAUGCCCAACAGCUGGCUCCCGCCCACCAAGCAAUCCUCCACCCCGGGCCUGGUCAUCCUCGGCGACGCGAUGAACAUGCGCCACCCGCUGACGGGCGGCGGCAUGACGGUCGCCCUCAACGACGUCGUCCUCCUGCGCGACCUGCUCGCCGACAUCCCGGACCUGUCGGACUGCGCGGCCGUCGCGCGCGCCAUGGACACGUUCCACUGGCGCCGCAAGAAGCUGACCGCCAUCAUCAACGUGCUGGCCAUGGCCCUGUACAGCCUGUUCUCGGCGCGCAACGAGGAGCUGGCCAAGCUGCAGCGCGGGUGCUUCGCGUACUUCGAGCGCGGCGUCACGCGCGAGCCGAUGGGCAUGCUGGGCGGGCUGAUACCGGACCCGCUGGUGCUGGCGUACCACUUCUUCUCGGUGGCGUUCGUGGCCAUCUGGCUGGAUUGGAAGGCGACGGGGCUCUGGAAGGUGCCGCUGCUGCUUUGGAAUGCGUUUUGGAUCCUGUGGACGGCUAGUCGGGUGUUUUUGCCCGUCAUGUAUCGGGAGGCGUUUGUGUAGAUGGAUGGAUGGGUGUUGAUAAUGCAUGCAUGGCCAGAUGUUAACGCGACGAUGGUUCGAAGAGGGACUUUUGGUCUUGGUAUACCCUGAAGAAGAAGAAGUAGGAACGUGGACUUGGACUUGGACUUUGAGGUCCGCUUUCGAGUGAUUAUGAGAAAGAGGGGGUGUGUUUGCCUUAGACGAUGAUAACAUACAUACAUACAUGCAUACAUGCGUCUCUGCUCGGUAUAUCUGGGCUCGAUACCAGUCGCCCAGCGAAGAAGAAGAGAAAGAGACAGACACGAGAGGAAAAUGAAGAUUAGAUGUACGGCUUAACGGAUAUAUAUAUCAGUAUUUAAUUCUAAUGAUUCAAAUGAGAUUGACUGACAA